CAAACACGAUCGCGCACACUGAAGCUACACCGUCCGUAUAAAUUCUCCCUUCCUCACCUCUCCUACUUCCCUUUCCACUUUUCAUCCAUUCUUCCCUUCGAUAGUAGUCGUUAUCACCCUCACGGGGCAGGUAUUGUUUACCCACCAGACAUUCCUCCCUCUUCUUCUCACCACAUCCCACCAUCAACAAACCGACACCUCGUCACCAUGCCUGCCAGCAUCCCAUAUGCGGAACCUCGCAUAACCAUCCACGAAACGUGGGUACCACACUUCAUCAUCCACAUCGAAUCGGUCCCCAUCCCCGUCGGGCUCGAGGAAGUCACAAAUCCGCAAACAGGGAGAUCCUACACGCGUCCCAACCGCUGGAUCUGGGUGCGUCGCACGAUCCCAAUACGCGUCACGGACGACAUAAAUUUCCAGCCCCAGCUGCGCAGACCGAUACUGCUGCCCCGUGAGGCAACUUUCACUUACCCAGCUCCUCGUCCUGACGUGAGGCCCAUCGAGUUUACGUUUUACACCGAUUGGACAUACAUAUACCCAGACAUCCCAUACCCAGGGCGGACGGAAUAUUUCUACCCAGAUGGGGAUCCUUCCAACUUCAGUCCUCCGACUGAGGGUGUGGAAGACGUGCCGAUGGAAGACCCGCCAGUCGUACUCAACAUUUGGAAACUGAAUUGA